CCAGGCGCACCUCGCGGGUCGGGCGGGGCGGGUAGGGGCGCGGCCCCGGGACCCCGCCCAACCAGGGACUCUCGGGAGCGCGGGCGGCGGGCGCACUGCGCGGACACGCCGACAGCGGGGAGAGCAGCCGUUCUCUGCAGGCGCCGCCGGUCCCGAGAACCGUCUCAGCCGCUGCUGGAGAGUAGUGUUUCCAGGGGAGUGAGGAAAACCCAGCAGGAACCGAAAAUGCCGAAACCAAUCAAUGUCCGGGUCACCACCAUGGAUGCGGAGCUGGAAUUCGCCAUCCAGCCAAACACGACGGGAAAACAGCUGUUUGAUCAGGUGGUUAAGACUAUCGGCCUUCGGGAAGUGUGGUACUUUGGCCUCCAGUAUGUGGAUAAUAAAGGAUUUCCUACCUGGUUGAAACUUGAUAAAAAGGUGUCCGCCCAGGAGGUCAGAAAGGAGAAUCCGCUCCAAUUCAAGUUCAGGGCCAAGUUCUACCCCGAGGAUGUGUCCGAGGAGCUCAUCCAGGACAUCACGCAGAAGCUUUUCUUCCUGCAAGUGAAGGACGGCAUUCUCAGCGAUGAGAUUUACUGCCCCCCUGAGACCGCCGUGCUCCUCGGCUCCUACGCUGUGCAGGCCAAGUUUGGAGACUAUAACAAAGAAACGCACAAGUCUGGGUACCUAGGCUCUGAGCGGCUGAUCCCCCAAAGAGUCAUGGACCAGCACAAGCUGACCCGGGACCAGUGGGAGGACCGAAUCCAGGUGUGGCACGCGGAGCACCGCGGGAUGCUCAAAGAUAAUGCUAUGCUGGAGUAUCUGAAGAUUGCCCAGGACCUGGAAAUGUAUGGAAUCAACUAUUUUGAGAUAAAAAAUAAGAAAGGAACAGACCUUUGGCUUGGAGUCGAUGCCCUUGGACUGAAUAUUUAUGAGAAAGAUGAUAAGUUGACCCCAAAGAUUGGCUUCCCGUGGAGUGAAAUCAGGAACAUCUCUUUCAAUGACAAAAAAUUUGUCAUUAAGCCCAUCGACAAGAAGGCGCCUGACUUCGUGUUCUACGCGCCCCGCCUGCGCAUCAACAAGCGGAUCCUGCAGCUGUGCAUGGGCAACCACGAGCUGUACAUGCGCCGCAGGAAGCCCGACACCAUCGAGGUGCAGCAGAUGAAGGCGCAGGCCCGGGAGGAGAAGCACCAGAAGCAGCUGGAGCGGCAGCAACUGGAAACUGAGAAGAAAAGGAGAGAAACCGUGGAGAGAGAGAAAGAGCAGAUGUUGCGGGAGAAGGAGGAGCUGAUGCUCAGGCUGCAGGACUAUGAAGAGAAGACCAAGAAGGCGGAGAAAGAGCUCUCGGACCAGAUUCAGAGGGCCCUGCAGCUGGAGGAAGAGCGCAAGCGGGCACAAGAGGAGGCCGAACGGCUGGAGGCCGACCGUGUGGCCGCGCUGCGCGCCAAGGAGGAGCUGGAGAGGCAGGCGGUGGACCAGAUGAAGAGCCAGGAGCAGCUGGCUGCGGAGCUCGCCGAGUACACCGCCAAGAUCGCCCUCCUGGAAGAGGCGAGGAGGCGCAAAGAGAGCGAGGUGGAGGAGUGGCAGCACAGGGCCAAAGAGGCGCAGGAUGACCUGGUGAAGACCAAGGAGGAGCUGCACCUGGUGAUGACUGCGCCCCCGCCCCCGCCGCCCCCUGUGUACGAGCCGGUGAGCUACCACGUCCGGGAGAACCCGCAGGAGGAGGGCACCGAGUACUUGGGCUACAGCGCUGAGCUCUCCAGCGAGGGCAUCCUGGGCGACCGCAACGAGGAGAAGCGCAUCACCGAGGCCGAGAAGAACGAGCGUGUGCAGCGGCAGCUGAUGACUCUGACCAGUGAGCUGUCCCAGGCCAGAGACGAGAACAAGAGGACCCACAAUGACAUCAUCCACAACGAGAACAUGAGGCAGGGCCGAGACAAGUACAAGACGCUGCGGCAGAUCCGGCAGGGCAACACCAAGCAGAGGAUCGACGAGUUCGAGGCCCUGUGAGGGCCCCGCCUGGACUGUGGGCAGCCGAGCCUCGCGCCGGGGCUCUGCGCAGGGUCACUGUCGGGCGCUAAAACGUGUCUUUGUAGCUCUCCAAAUCUAGACCCCUCGUCGUAUUCCAGUUCCUUUAAAAAGAGAGUAGUUAUUUCCAUGGGAACGUUCUGGGGCUGGGACCAGAGGAAGCUUCCCUGGGUUGUUUUUCCCAGUUGUAUCAUAGUGCCAAACAGGCCUGAUUUUUAUUAAUAUUGUUAUUAUUAUUGGAUCACUUCCUAUUUUCUGCUCAGAGCAGGACUGAUUGGAUUAAGGAAAGAUGCCUGUCAAGUGUGGAUAACAAACUCCAUGCCGGCAUGUAUGAUACGAGAUUCAGUAUAAUUAAAACCACAUCGUGGCUUAUAUUCUGUGCCAUACUUUUUUCUGGAUUUGAAAUUAGCUCCAAUUGAUUGAUUUGUUCUUGAUUUCUAUGAAGGAUCCAUCUUUGUGUAUUUAUGUAUUUUGAGGGGUGAAAAUUAUUUUGAAAACUGAGUCUGAUGCUCUCUUAACAUACAUGUGCACACACACAAUGAUUUCCUUCUUCCUUCAGUGCAGUUGACAGAAUCCUGGGACUGUCCAGGAUAAACGAUCCAGGAGGAGGACACUCUUGGAUAAACUUCUCUUAUUUUGUUUUUUUUGCCUAACAGUUAGAGGGCUAUGUUGUUGGACUUAUACAUCUAAUGAAUGAUCAGCUAUAGAGCAUAGUAUUUAUAUGUAAGUGAUAAAAUGGGUUUGUAACUUUAGUUUAAAAAAGGGAAAGUUUCGUUCUGUAUAUUUUGUUACCUUUUACAGAAUAAUAAAAGAAUUGCAUAUGAAAAACCAUGUAACCACGGCACUUGAUCUGGUGUGACGUGAGGGCAGGAACGAAGCUGAUUAACUGGUAGAAUCACCUCUGUAAAAAUGCCUUUUUGUACUUUCCAUGUUCUUUGUGCGUGUAAUUGGCUAUGCACAUUCCAGUUUUCUAUCAGAGCUUCUUGUUUGAAAAACACACACACACUAUGUUGAUAAUUCAGACUCCAGCCAUGAAGGGACUCUUGCGACCUGGGUAUCGGCUCUUGUUUCCGCAAGAAGAACCUGUCCGGACCUAUUUCCAUUCGCUCCCACAUCCUUGAAAAGCCGUUAAAAUGUCAGUUCUCACACACCGCCGGUCCUGCUCAUUCAUAUCCUUCCUUCUCGUGUUCUGUUUUGUCCUUUUCCUCUUUGGUCAGGUCGUCCUGUGCAGAGGAACCCUGUGCCGCAGACUUAAGAAAUAAACGAUGUGUAAGGCAAGAUGC